AUGGAUUCCGUCACUGCCUACUGCUACGGCACGUUUGGGUGGCUAGGAAUUCAAGCCAUUCCAUUGAUUCUCUGGCCCUCCUUCAUUAGCUCGCUACUAAGAACUGACUUCCACCAGCCUUCCCCUCUCGAGGACUACUAUGCUCGAUCUCUUGGCUUUGCCCUUAUCACCCUCGGCCUUGGGACAAUCGUCCUGAGCGGCGCGAUACCAUUAACCUCCCUCCCGAUCCCGCUUGCUGAUACUGAGGUCGUGAGCCCCUACGCAAACGCCAUCCUUCUCAUUACCACUCUCCACCACUUUUCUACCAGCUUCUACGCCUAUACGCGCUACAUGAACACAUCCCAGAUAGCCUACGUACUCGCCUCCCUCGGCAGUGGUAUGCUAGCCGUAUUUGGCCUCUUCUCUCUGCUUUUCGCUGGGGACAAUACGCGCAGGAGCAAAAAGUAUGGCUUCGACAAGGACACGAGCUCUUUCCCGUUUACGAACAAGGAGUCGUACAGGAACAAGAAGAAACAGGUCAAGGGUAAUUAG